UCUCACAGGGUAGCUUGACGAACAAGUGUGGCGCAGGUUAACCUCCUUCCAGCGAGAAACUGCCUGCAAUACCGUGUUUUCCAUGCGAAUCCAUGUCCAAGAUGAAGCAUCUGCUGCGAAAGCUUCACAUCGGUGGUGGUUUCAACGACCACAACCACCGAUUGGCCGCCACCGACACGCCAUCACAGCCUCCAGCCACAACGCAGUUUCACUCCUCCUCUUCUCCUUCUCCAUUACCUACCGUUGAUUCUUUGGCUGUUGUUGACAACAACGACUCCUCCGCCGUUGAUUUCAAUUUCUUCGAGGAGGAAUUUCAGAUGCAGCUUGCUCUCGCGAUUAGUGUCUCAUCGGGAUCCGCUGAGGCGCGUGAACCCGACGCUGAAACUGCACAAAUUAAAGCCGCUAAACAAAGAAGUUUGGGAUGUUCCCCUUCGGAAUCUCUCAUUGAAUUUCUCUCGCUUCGAUAUUGGAGUAAUAAUGUUGUAAACUAUGACGAGAAAGUGAUGGAUGGGUUUUACGAUGUGUAUGGGAUUACUUCAAAUUCAGUCACACAAGGGAAAAUGCCCUCAUUAGUGGAUCUUCAAGCCAAAACCGUUUAUGAUAAUGUUGAUUUUGAAGUAAUUUUAGUCGACAGAACAAUUGAUAAGGAACUACAGCUCCUUGAGGAAAGAGUUUCAAAUAUAUCACUGGAAUGCCACGCUUCUGGGACUAGCCAGAUUAUAAGUAGGGUAAUCCAGAGAAUUGCUAAUAUUGUUGUUGCACAAAUGGGUGGUCCUGUUAGUGAUGCAGAUGAAAUGUUGAGAAGGUGGACUACUAGAAGUUAUGAAUUACGGAACACUCAUAAAACUAUCAUACUUCCUCUUGGUUGUAUUGAUUGUGGACUUUCCCGACACCGGGCCUUGCUUUUUAAGGUACUUGCUGAUAAGAUCAACCUUGCAUGUAGUCUGGUCAAAGGGAGCUACUAUACUGGCACUGAUGAUGGAGCUGUGAACUUGAUUAAGAUUGAUAAUGGGAGCGAAUACAUUAUUGAUCUAAUGGGUGCUCCAGGUACACUAAUCCCUGUGGAGGUGCCAUGUUGUAACCUUCAGAGCAUUGAACUAGAUAUCAGGCGUGAUGCAGCAGGUUCUGAUAGUUUUGGGUAUACAUUGCCACUGCUUGAUAUAAGCACUGAUCCCAUUUUAGUUACGCCUGAACUUGAUGGUUUUGCCAAAGCUGGCACUUCAGAUUUGACAGUAACAUCUAUUAUAGGUUCACAGUUGAACAGCAGGGGCGGAAAUGCUGUGGAGAGAAAUCAAACUGAGAGGUUUGAGAGUGAUUUUGGCAAACUGCUUCCGGCUCUCGGCAGGUCACACGAAGGCCUGUCAGGUGGUGGUGGAAGAACAUCACCUGCACAGAAGUUGCAGCUUAAUGAUGUAUCCAAAUGUGUCAUAAAUGCUGCAAAAAAUCCAGAAUUUGCCCAAAAACUCCAUGCAGUGUUGUCAAAGAGUGGUGGCACAUCUUCUGAUUCACUUUUUGAUGUAAAUAACGACGAAGUGGGAGAGACAGAAGUGUGCAAGACAGUUCAUUUGCUAGAUACUGACAUGUUGAAUGUUGGGGCUCAGCAUGGCCCGCCACUAGUCAUGUCUAACUAUGAGCAGGAUCUUAUAUCUUUUACUGCAGCUGAGGUUAACAAUGUUGAUGACAAUUCCCAGCUUGGAGUUAACUGGUUACCAGCUAAACAGCAACAAUUGAUGUCCAAUAAAAAUAAUCUUGGAUACACUUUACCAUCUCAAUCGACAAGUGCUGGUUUUGUACAUGGUCAUGGUAGUACUGGUGAAGAUGCCAUGAAUGAUCAUGCAGUUGUAAACUCUAUUGAAAGACAAUAUGGAGAUGGUGUUGCUGGUGGCGGACCUUGCCUGAUAAACGAGGCAAGAGCAGAUAAUACUAGAAAAGGCAAACAUUCAGACAUGAAAUUGGUGGAAACGUCCCGUAUUGGCCACUAUACAUCUUGCAGCAAUCAGAGGGAAGGGAUUAGCCUUGAUGAGGUUGAAUGGGAAAUUCCAUGGGAGGAUCUUCAGAUUGGAGGACGCAUUGGUAUCGGUUCCUAUGGCGAGGUUUAUCGUUCAGAAUGGAAUGGAACUGAGGUGGCUGUGAAGAAGUUCAUGAACCAAGAUAUCUCAGGCGAUGCGCUCACUCAAUUUAAAGGCGAAGUUGAGAUCAUGUUGAGGUUGAGACAUCCUAAUGUUGUUCUUUUCAUGGGAGCAGUUACUCAUCCACCAAAUCUUUCCAUAUUGACAGAAUUUCUUCCAAGGGGUAGUCUAUUUAAAUUGUUGCAUCGAUCUAAUGUCCAACUUGAUGAGAAGAGGCGGAUGCGUAUGGCUCUUGAUGUGGCCAAGGGAAUGAACUAUUUGCACACUAGCAAUCCAAUUAUUGUGCACCGGGAUUUGAAGACACCAAAUCUUCUUGUUGAUAAAAAUUGGGUUGUUAAGGUAUGCGAUUUUGGGAUGUCACGCAUGAAACACAAUACCUUUCUCUCUUCAAAAUCUACUGCUGGAACUCCUGAAUGGAUGGCACCAGAAGUGUUGAGGAAUGAACCGUCCAACGAGAAGUGUGAUGUAUAUAGCUUUGGUGUAAUUUUAUGGGAGUUGGCAACUCUGCGCAUACCUUGGACAGAAAUGAACUCAAUGCAGGUUGUUGGUGCUGUUGGUUUUCAGUUCAGACACCUUGACAUUCCAGAGCAUCUUGAUCCUGUGGUUGCACGGAUAAUAAGUGAUUGUUGGCAUCCGGAGCCACAGUUGCGGCCAUCAUUCAAAGAGAUCAUUGCCCGACUUAAAAGCCUCGGGCAUCUAUCAACGGAUAGAAUAAAAACUCGAACAAGUGAAUAACAGAGUGAGUGUUUUGUGUAUGUAUACAUUGGGGGCUCAAAAGGAGAGCCGAGAGAGAUUGUUGUAGAUUGAAAAAAAAAAAAAAGAAACAGAGCCGUGGUUCGGGAAGUGUAGGUUGGAUUGAGGAUAUAUAUAUAACCAAACACAGCCGAGCCGAACGACAACCUCGUAUGCGCAUUUAUGCGCAUUUUGACCGACUUCAAUUGCUGUGCCAAGUGCAGUUACAAAAAGGGGUGGUCAUUGAAAGAAAAGGAAAAUAAGCCUUAUGUUCUUAACUACUUGUUGGAAAACUUGCUUUGCAAAGUGAAAAUUGGUCAGCUUCUUUUUUAUGGUUGAAAACGUUUGUUUCUGUCUCUUGACGUUAUUCAUUGGUCAUCCUGAUGAUUUGG